AUGCCUCAAUUCGUUCUUUUUCCCGUUUCAACAGUGGCCUUUCUGGCAGCCUUGGGAGGAGUCUCUGCUGCGCCGACUGCCAGCUGCUCUGCGCAUGUAUCUGCCCCGACGGGCGCAACUUUCGCGUCUGGCUUUGAUAUCACAACUAGCUGGGGCAACCUCAGUCCAUACAAGGAUGCGCCCGGGUUCAAUGUAUCAAACGGCGUCCCCCGAGGCUGCGAGCUAUCCCAGGUGCACGUCCUGCACCGACAUGCCCAGCGGUACCCCGUUUCUUCCCUCCUAGAUGGCGGGGGAAUGGAAGCGUUUGCGCAAAAGGUGAGAAACUAUAGCAAACUGCACGACGGCAAAGUCGGUAAAGGGCCGCUGGCUUUCCUCAAUGAGUGGGAGUACAUGCUCGGCGAAGAUACCUUGCAGGUCACUGGUGCCGCCACGGAGGCGACCUCUGGGGCCAGUAUCUGGGCGAAAUACGGGAGGCUGCUUUAUCGCGCUGGGCCAGGAGUCGCGGCCUGGGAUUCUUCCCUGAAUGUAUAUCCCAACGGGACUGCAAGACCGAAGCCGAUUUUCCGGACGACGUCGCAGGCUAGGAUCUUGGAAAGUGCUCGAUGGUGGCUGAGCGGCUUCUUUGGCAACACCGGUGCAAACAGCUCCUACGCCGAGUACGACCUCGUCAUCAUCCCCGAGGGAGACGGUCUCAACAACACCCUCGCCUCAGACCAUUCCUGUCCAGGCGAUAAGUCGGAAGGCACUACCUCCGCCACGAAAUUCAUCCCCAGAUUCACGAAACCCGCCCUAUCCCGUCUAGCCCACUUCCUUCCCCCAGACUUCAACCUCACCCCGUUCGACAUCACUUCCAUGAUGAACCUCUGCCCCUACGAAACCGCCGCCCUCGGCACCACCUCCCCCUUCUGCACCCUCUUCACCGAGCAAGAAUGGCACGACUACGCCUACACCAUCGACCUCCAAUUCUACGGCAACUACGGCCUCGGCGCCCCCAGCGGCCGCGCCCAGGGGAUAGGCUACGUCCUCGAGCUCGCGUCCAGACUUGCGGGACGCCUUAUUUCCGCUAGCGACACAAGCAUCAACUCUACCUACGACGACAACGCAGCGCAAUUCCCGCUGCACCAGCCCCUGUACAUGGACAUGUCGCACGACGACGUCAUCGUCGCGGUCCUUGCGGCGCUGGGACUCGAGUACUUCAAGUAUGGAGAGCAGGGUCUACCAGACGUAAUUGAGCAUGCGCCCGAGCGGACAUUCAGACUUAACGAGAUCGUGCCCUUCGGGGCGCGGUUCGUCUCGGAGGUGUGGACGUGUCCGACUGAGCCGAAGAUGACAUUCAAAGAGUUGGACGCGAUGCUGUAUACGAAUCCGGCCGUGAGGGGUACGGACUAUAUCCGGUUUGUGUUGAAUGGGGCGCCGCUGUCGAUGCAGGGGUUGGUGGGCUGUGAGCGUGCGGAGAAUGGGUUCUGUGCUCUGACGGAUUUUCUGGGGGGUGUGGCCAAGUUGAAGGAGGAGGCGAUGUAUCAGGUUGCUUGUUUUGGGAAUUAUACGAUCACUCGUUCAACAUACAAGAUGGAGUUCCAGUCUCGCAUCGCCCAAUACUCCUUUGACGAGAUGAUGAUCGAUGAUGCAAGCGCGUCACUAGACAGCUGCAUGGGCAAGCACCCUUGCGAUCUCAAUGCAACGUUCCACGAGCUGGACUCCCCCAGCCCACCAUCCGCAGAGGAACUCUCAGACACAGAAACAGAAGCUGCGACAGAGAUCGCGGAAGAGACAGAGGGCAAAAAGGCGCUGCCCUCCCGUCUAGAAGUCAGCUUUACUACGCCCUUAGACGGCUUUGACCCAUUGCAACGCAGGCUAUCCAGGCUUACACACAGACUUCGCCACAGCGUUCUGUAUUUCUUGGCUCUGUACGGCAUUUCCAUUCAAUAUGCCUUGUAUCCCAUUGAGGAAAGCGGGAUUCAGGGCGUACACGACGCUCUACCGGUUGUGCUCCUGGUUGCGACAGAGGAUGUGCCAGUGUCAAUGUGGAGGAAAGGUGUGAAGCGCGCGUAUGAGUAUCUUGUGGACGUUGGGGGCUUCCCGGCCAUCGAGAUCCCCGUGUUGGGACAAGAGGCUCGAUCCGAAAACGGAGUGGAUAUGCGGAUGAGCCGUGAGUGCAAGGUGUAUCUUGCGAAGCUAGUUGCUCGUGACUGA